AUGGCCAGCCCGGCACCAUGGCUGCGCUGGACACAAACACAGCUGACGCGCUGGCACGGCCGGGACGAGGAGGAGGAGGAGGAAGAAGACGACUUUGAAAGGCGGAUGGACGAGGAUGGGGUGAUCGGCCUGGGGGAGGGUGCCAGGAGCCCCCCGUGGGGGCUGCUGGGGCUCGGCCUCCAGCGGCAGCCCCGAGGCGCUGAGGGGCGGCCGGGCUCUCUGCCAGCCCCGGGGCUGCAGCACGGAAGGAGGGGACACCUCAGGGCUGUCGGACAGCAGCCCUGGCCCUGCCAGCCCGUCCCGCCAGCACCGGGGCUGGGGCACGGCCGGGGACACAUCGAGGGGCACAGGCAGGAAUGGAGCCCGAGACGGAGCCUCCCUCUGCACCUCUCCCCCGAUGACCCCAGCCCCGAGCGUGUCCCCGAGCCCCAGACAGGUGGCACAGGGGUGCCAGCCCCCGGCACUGCUGGCUCGGCACCCAGCGGGCACCCCCAGGGCGCUGGGGAUCCCCCGGCACCCCAAGGGCACGGCAGAUCCCGAGUGCCCAAGAAAGCAGCGCCCGCGGCCGUGCCCCCCAAGCCCGCCCGGCAGUCCCGGUCCCUGAGCCCCCGGAGGCGAACGGGUGGCAAGGGGACCAGAGAUCCCUCGGGAACGGGCACCGAGGCCACCCAGUACGGCCGAGGGCGCCUCAACCACCCCCUGCCCGACCUCUCCAAGGUGGAGGCGCGGGUGAAGUUCGACCAGAGCUACCGCCCACCCCGGGGCCGGGUGCUGCCCGCCCGCCCCCACGGCCCCGGCCACCCCAUCGGCUUCAAAUCCCCGGCCGAAAUCGUCCGGGAGGUGCUGCUGAGCAGCGGGGAGGGGGUGUCCCCGCAGCCCCCCAGCACGGCCGGGCUGCCGCAGGAGCUCAGGUCCCCCAGACAAGCCACGGCGCUGGUGCAGCAGCUCCAGGACGAUUACCACAAGCUGCUGACCAAGUACGCCGAGGCUGAGAACACCAUCGACCAGCUGCGCCUGGGCGCCAGGGUGAGCCUGUUCUCCGACCCGCCACAGCCCAGCCGCAGCCUCGCCAUGGGCACCGUGGCCAGCGGGAGCCGAGUGAUGACCUUCAGCAUCCCGCAGGCACGGACUGCGGCUCUGGGCAUGGCCACAGCCCCGGCCUCGCCAGCUACAGCUGCAGCCCCCGGACCGUCAGAGCGGGGGGAUUCACCCCAACCUCGGUCCCCUCCUCUGCCCGGGGGGUGCUGCCCCACCUGCCCCGGGCCGUGCUGCUGCCCCGGCCCCCGGCUCACCCGGGCACUGGCGGGGCAGAGCCGCAGGCUGCAGGCACAGGUGGAAUCCUUCGAAAGCUGGAUGCGUGCAGGGACUCCCUCACCUUCGGAACAGCUCCAGAGGAUGAGGAUGCUGAAGGACGCACAGGAUGCGCUGGAGCGGGAAUACCUGCGGUGCCGGCAGCAGCUCCCGGAGGCUGCAGGGGGGUUUGAUCCUGACCGGGCAGUGGAAGGGGAGAUUUACCGCCUGGGGCUGCGUCUGGAGGGGCUCAAGGAGCGGCUGGAGCCGGGGGGCAGGCAGCAGCCCGUCCCUCAGACCCUCCUUCAGCCCGUCCCUCAGCCUCCCCUGCAGACCCUCCUUCAACCCCCCCCGCAGCCCCGCUGCCCCCCAGCCCCGUCCCCACCGCCGGCCGACCACUCCCCGCACCCCGAGAGCCCUGCGCUGGUGGAGGGUCAUCGGGGGACAGCAGGGGACACUGAGGGGGUGGCAGGGGGGCUGCCCUGGCCCCUCUGGCACAAGCAGCACCAAGUGGAGGAGGAUUUCGGGGACCUGCUGGAGCAGUACGAGCACUUCAAGUCCUUGCCGGAGUCGCUGAGCCUGGAGCGGCUGAGCCUGGCAGAGAGCGGGUCCCAGGAGGAGGUGGAUGCACCCAGCACAGGGGACGGUGGCGCCAGCAGGGUCCCCAGCAGGACACGGUCACUCGAGGAGGGGCCCAGCCUCCAGACCUUGCCCCUGCACCGCCCGCAGAGAAGAGCUGCGACGGUUCCCCCCAGAGGACCCCCAAACCUGGGGGAGACACGGGGCCACCCCUCCCCUGCCGCUGCUUGAGGAGCCUCCAGCCUCUGCCAAGCCCCCCUGCAGGUCCCUGCGCCACCACGGGUGCCCGUGUCCCUCGGCAGCAGUGGGACAGGCAGCACUGCCACCCCGCACGGGCCCCUCAAGGAGCAGCGCAUCGUGUCCCCAGAGACCGACAGCGGCUUCGUGGGCUCGGAGGCCAGCAGGGUGUCCCCCCCCGUGCACACCCCCGAGCACCUUCCCCCCGGCCCGGGGACUCCGGGCUCGCUGGGACCUUCCAUCGCCAUCCCCAACACCCUCCGUGCCCCACGGAAGAGAGAGACGGCCCCGCUUCCCUCCGAGACAGCCUGAUCUACCGCCGGGGGGCACAGGGGGGUCCCGGCUGCCCCCCAGCAGCCCCUCCCAGGGCAGCUCCCCCCCUCGCUGGGCCGAGAGCGCGGGCAGCGAGGGGGGGCCGGACCCCGACGGCGAUGGCACUCACACGGACUCGGAGGUGGGAGACAGGAGCUGUGCCAGCGCCGGUGGCCACCCCUCAGCCAUGGCCAGGAGCCCAACCAGCCCCCUGGCAUCCCCCGAAACGCCAUCCCCACCCUCCUGUCCCCCGACCUGCCGUCCCUGGAGCCGGCUCACUGUGACCUGCUGGGCUCCCGUCUGGAGCGCGACCAGGCCAUCCGGGCGCUGCAGGACGAGGUGUGGCGGCUGCGGCUGCGGCUGGAGGAGAGCCUGCGCCGCUCCCGCAGCUAUCCCGAGGGAAAAGCCGCUCCCCGUGUCACCCAGGGCAGGACGCAGCCACUGACCAGCGGACCAUUGUCCCCCCGGGACGCAGCACCCUCGGGGGACCCGAGCCCCCCGGUGCGGGGCAGGGGGGCCCCCGGGGUCACAGCCCCGCGGAGGGAGAGGUCGGCGUCGCUGCCCCGGGACAGGCAGGAGCCAGACCUCGGUCUGGAGCUCGGUCCCCGCGGAUCCCUCCCGCAUCCCUGUCCUCCGCCGCAGCCUCCGAGUCCGAGCCGUGCCCCGCCGGGCCCCGGGCCCCCCCCGCCCUGCGGAAGCCCCUUGGGAAGGACACGGUACGAGGGGGGCACGCCAAGGGCCACCCCGGCACCCCGAGAAGAGCCGGGCACCUCGGGGUGUCCCCGAUGUCACAGGGACAGGAUGGCAUCAGCCGGGUUUGGGGGAGGUGAUGCCCCCCGGCAGCCCCAGCACAGCACCCCCAGGAGAACGUCCUGCCCCACCUGCCGGGCACCCUCGGGCCCCUCUGCGCCGGGCAGCAGGGACAGAGCCACGCACGCAGAGCGUGGCCCUGGUGGCUCCUGUCGCCCAGGUCCCCACGCUGGAGCCGAGAAGCCGGAGCAGCCUGGAAUUUGGUACUUGGCAGCCACCCCGGCUGCCACCACUGCCACCGUCUGCCUGGCACCCGUCCCCCUCGUGCCUUACGUGCCCUCCAUGCUCUACUGCUCCCCAGCAGUUCCUACCUCAGCCCCAGCCCUGGCCGGGGUUCCCCUCGGUGUCACUGCGAAGUCCCGGCGGGCAGAGCGUCCCCCCCGGCCCCAGGGCCACCACAGCUGCCUGAGCCUGGACCUGGAGGAGCUGGAGGAGCUGAACUGGUCACUGAGCCGGGCUGUGGAGGCUGCCCAGAGCGUGAGGCUGACCACGACCCGCAUGAGCCGGGCACUGGCCGCAGAGCUGGGCCGGGCACGGGGCCCACGGGGCUCCUGCCUCUUCUGAGGACCUGCUGGCACCUCCAAACCCUGCAGGUGUCACCUCCAAACCCUGCAGGUGUCACCCCUAAACCCUGCAGCUGGCACCCCUAAACCCUCCUGCUGGCGCCUCCAAGCCCUCCCUGCCAUCAGGAGCAGGAGGAGGGGCAGCAUGGCCCCCUCAGCAUCCCUUUGGGGUGCUCCCUGCCAAAUCUGGGGGCAGCAGGGCUGGAGGUGUUCCCCUUCCUGCUCUCCCUGCACAUCUUGUCUGUCUGUCUGUCCGUUUUCAGGACCCCCCAAGCUGCAGGAGGGGGAAGGUGAGGGCAGAAGUCUCCAGCAUCUGCAGCACCAUCCCCUGGGACUAAGGGGAUCCCUGUGUCCCCCCAGGAUGGGCAGUGCCACCCCACCCUGAGCACUUCUGGGGCUGCUCUGACCUGCUGUGGGUCGAGCCCCCUUGGCAGCUGUAUUUACCUCUGUGCCUGUGAGGGCAGAAAUCCCCGGGAUUCCCUGGGAUUCCCUAUUCCACCCCUUUCCAGGGGCUGUGUUCUGUGCCCUCUGCCCUUGGACUUGAACCCACCAGGAUCCUCCCUGGGGAAACUUUUUUUUUUCCUGUGUUUUUUAUGUGAAUUUUUUUAGCUAGUAAGCAGCUAAAUCACUCUUUUGAGUGAUUGAUGAUCUAUAAUGUGUGUGUGUGAUAUAUGUGUAUCUGUAAAUGGAUAUAUCUAGGUGCAGGCAUAUCUAUAUUUAGUUGUAUGUCUGUAUCUAUAGAGACAUGAAUAGUUCUGUCUAUGUACAGAUCUCUAUCUGAUUCUAUAGAUAUAUCUUUCUACAGAUACAUAUAUAUAAAUAUUCUGGUUUGCAUUUCCAGCACAACCCUUAGGGCAUUUGUGGGGUUUUUCUGGUCCUCCCUGGAUCCCAGGCAGAAAAUGAAGGAUUUGAGGUUUUUCCCCUGGGAUGCUCAGGGAAUCUGGGCUGGUAGAGAAGGCACCUGCUGAGACCAAAGCAGGUGUGGGGUGUGGAGCCCUGCUCCUCCCAGCUGGGUUUCUAAGGAGUUAAUGCCUCUUUUUUAGGGAAAAGGAUGUGCUUGGGGCAGCUUUUCCUGGGAUGGCUCCAGCCAAACCCCCAGCACCUCAGCCUGUGCUUAUCUGUAGGACCUACCUGAAGUGCCAGUGUCAAAUGUAUUUAUUUUUGCUUUUAUUUGUUGUACAAAUCUCCACAUUUGGAGGGGGGAUCAGUGAGUGACUCAGCUCUGGAGCCUUCCAAGCUCCCCCUGAGCCUGAUCCUGCCAUGAGCCCACGGGUUGGGAAUGGGGCUGUCCCCUCCUCCUUUUUGGGGGAAGAGGGCUGAGUUUGGGGGAUUUUAAAGAAGUUUAGGAGAUUUUAAAGAGGUUUGAUAUGUCUGUGGUUGCCUCUGCUCCUGCCCAUGCCCCAAGCUGGAAGCUGUGAGCCCCCCAGCCCAGCCAGGGCGUGAUGGGAGCACGUGGAAAGUGUGGUUAAUUAUCCCAAAUGCAGUAGCCAGGACCAAAUUAUUUUUUUUCCCUUAUCCCCCAUUUUUUAACGCCCAGCAGAAGCACUGGGGUGGUGUUUUGUACGAAGAAAUCACCUAUUUUUGAAGGAAAUAAAUGCGGUUGGACGACUCGUGUGGAUUUUCCUUCCCAAAGCCACUCCUGGGGGGUUUGGCAUCACCACACCAGGAGCCCUCCCUUGGGGGUUGGAGGGAAUAUUUUCCCAUGCCUGUUCCCUUUUCCUGGCCCUGAGGGAGCAGCACAGCACAGCCCCAGUUGCACUAGGGAUGGAGAUCGCUUUUAUUUAGUCACUCGAGUGCUUUAGUACAGAAGAACAGAUAUACAGAGAUGAUACAUGUUUGUGCUUCAACACCUUCAAACAUUUAGAUUCCAGUAAUUUCAAGGUAAACAAGUUCCAAGACAGACUAGAUUAUUUUUUUUUAAGUUUUCCUUUUUGAUAAAUUAUUUUUUAUAUAAAUAACUGUAACAGAAAAAAUAAUAAUAAUAAUAAUGUCCAACAUACAAGAUCCUGAAGCAUUUGCAUUGCUAAACCAAGGAGGAACAGAAACGGGCUGGGAGACCAAAGGGGAACCAACAAAUAUCA